GGCGGCCGGGGAGAGGUCCCAGAAGCCCGCCCGGCAAAGGGCCACUGCGCUUUGGCCCCGUGCCACGGACUUUAUUUCAUGCUUGCUGCACUAAAUGAGUUAACAGCCAAAGGGUUUUUCAUUAACUCGACUUGGCAACCGUGUAUUUCGUUGCCUUCUCCCCCUAACCCAAAAAAAAAAAAAAGAAAAGAGAAACGUGUAAUUUUAAGCAAAAGCUGAAUGGCAUAACAUGGGUUGAUUUGAGAGGAGGAGUUUUUCUCAAGAUGUGUCAGAUUUCCCUUGUGUCCUCAUCCCUGCGCGUGACGAGUGGGUGAUCUAUGCCAUCUUCUUACAGAGCACACGGAGGGAAAUUUUCACUUUGGACUCUCCUGAGCAGCUGAAAGGAGAAACGUUACCCUGAGACUGAAGCAAUAAAACCACUUCUCUGCAGAACCGUAUGAUUGAAAAUGCGGUCCAGCCCUCCUCUGCUGCCAGACAUGCUUUUGUGCUCCUGCCCCGCUUACCUGUUGUUGCAGUAAUACUGAUGGAUCGUAGAAGAGAGGCAGAAAUGGAGUUACGGAGAUCCUCCAGCCCUGGCAAGCUAAGCAAGAACGAUAUGGAUGCUGACAAGACCAUGUGUCACAGCUGUUGCAUCUGCGGUAAAAGUUUUCCUUUUCAGAGCUCCCUGUCACAACACAUGAGGAAGCACACGGGUGAGAAGCCCUACAAAUGCCCUUACUGUGAUCAUAGAGCUUCCCAAAAAGGCAACCUGAAGAUUCACAUCCGUAGUCACAGAACAGGCACUUUAAGUCAGGGACACGAGGUGGAGAUGGGAGAGGCACAGCUGGGGGAGAUGGGUGUUUCAGAGGGCCUUGGCGGGUGCACCAGCCCCACUAAAAGUACAUCUGCCUGCAACAAGAUCUUGAAUGGUACUGCUCAGGUCGAUAGCAGCAAGAUCUUGUUGAGAAGCAGCAAGAAGGAGGUCACAGAGACGGUGCCAGCCGAGGAGGAUAGCAAGCUGACCUCUUACCAGUGCACCUUCUGCAAAAACAAAUUUGAAAGGAAGAAGGACCUGGAGCAGCAUCUGCACCAGGUCCACAAACCGUUCAAGUGCAGGUUGUGCAGCUACAUGACCUUGAGGGAGGAGACGCUGUUAAACCACAUAGAGAAGGACCAUAUAACAGCUCAGGUCCCCAAUGGGGAGACCUACACUGAGAACUGCAAGAGCGAGCUGAGUGCAGGCGAGUUUCCAUGCGAAGUCUGCGGUCAGGCCUUUAGUCAAACCUGGUUCCUGAAAGCUCACAUGAAAAAGCAUAGGGGCUCAUUUGAUCACGGAUGCCAUAUUUGUGGCAGGAGAUUCAAAGAGCCCUGGUUUCUCAAAAACCACAUGAAGUCGCAUGGCCCCAGGUCUGGGAGCAAAAACAAACCAAAAAAUGAUUUGGAGCUCAUAGCCACUAUCAAUGACGUGAUACAAGAGGAGACAAUUGUGACAGGCCUAUCUCUGUAUGAAGUUUGCACCAAGUGUGGAAAUCUGUUUACAAAUAUGGAAAGCCUGAAAGCGCAUAAUGUUGUUCACUACCGGGUGCAGCCGGGCAGCACCGGGGAUAAAGCUGAGGGCUUGACCGAUGGGAGCCUGAGCUCCUCGGUAACGAAGCAGUUUUUCUUGCAGUGUCUCAAUCUACGGCCAUCUGUAGCACUGGAUAGAGUUACAAGAGGGCAACCUGGGAAAAGAGUAGCCGAGCUGGAUCCGGUCAGUAGCUACCAAGCUUGGCAGCUGGCCACCAAAGGAAAAGUAGUGGAGCCCUCGGAGUAUGUGAAGUAUGUGGGAUGGGAUGAGGCCCUGGCAGAUGCGGACGUGACGUAUGACAAGGAUAAGAGGGAGUAUAUCCUUGUCAACCAGGAGAAGCGCAAGCGAGACCAGGACUCGCCCAGCAACCCCAAGAAGAAGAGCUGCACCAGUGGGCGCCCAGAGAAAACCAGCAAUGCCCCGCCAGGGGAGAGCUGCCCGCUUGCCCAGGGGGAUCUGGACUACCGCCCUGCCUCACGGCAGAGCCGGCGGGCCGCCCAGAACAAGUCCACUGAGUGCUUUGAGUGUGGAAAGAUCUUCCGCACCUACCACCAAAUGGUGCUGCACUCCCGGGUGCACCGCAAGGAGCGGAGGAGCUGCAGUGAGGGCGGGACAGCUGCUCAGCCUGAUCGCUACGGCUCCAGCAGUGAGGAAGGUGACUUGGGGUCCGUCAGCGGGCCUAGCACCCCUGGCUCUGCAUCCGCCCCAGAGGACUCGGCCACCUCCGGCUUGGGGGAGGAGGGGGCUGAGGAGAGCUCAGAGGAGGGAGCAGCCAACCCCUUGCUAGAUGAAAAGCCAUACCACUGCAACUUUCCUGAAGAAGAAACCCCAAUGAUAACAUCUCAGUUGGAUGAACUCCCAAAGCUGGGAAUCCGCAACGCCAGAGAAAAUGAGGCCAGGGAAUCUAAACCAGAGAUUCCUGCCCUGAUGUCAGCACUGGAGAGUGUCAUCAAGGAACCCUUUUCGAAAUACCAAGGUUCUGCAGACAUGAAGGUGCCAGCAUUUCAUCACAGCCAGGGGCUUCCUUACUCCAGUCACAUCGCUAGCUUUGCUUCGGGUGUGGGCCAGACAUCUUCAGACGUGGUCAUGGACUUGAAAACAUCGCUUGAAGUGCAGGCUAGUCGUGCUAGAAAAACUUUGCUAGACUUGCACAGGGAGCAUCCUCUGAUAGAAAAAGGUGCUGAAGCUCUAGAGGUAGCUCCACUCGAUUUGAGUGAAAAAUCAACAAGGGAUAAUUCAUGCAAUAAAUAUCUGAAUACAUCCUUCCAGGCUGCUUUAAUUGUCUACCCAUGUCCUUUCUGCAGUCACAAGACCUACUACCCAGAAGUCCUGUGGAUGCACAAAAGAAUUUUGCACAAAAUCAGCUGUAACUCGAUGGUACCCCCUUGGGUUCAACAGAAUGGAUUCAAGAGUAUUAAAAACAACCUGGUCUUUCUGGCAAGGAGUGGGCGCACUGGCCCCCCUCCUGUUCUUGGUGGUAAGGAAUGCCAGCCUUUGCCCAUUGCCAGAUUUACGCGUACUCAAGUGCCAAGUGCAUUACCAGGUUCCAAAACCAGCUCUCUCUCUGUUGGGAUGACUGCAAAGUCUGGUAGUACGCAUCAGUCAAAGGACAGUCAUGCCUUCAGCCACUGUGGUCCACGCUUAUCGGGUCUGGAUGCAUACAGACAGCCCAAGUUAAAUCAUUCCCAGGAGCAGUACAGCAUAGCAGCACAACAAAAAAGUAAAUAUGAAGCAAAUUCCAAACUUAUGCAAAUGGGAACCUAUAGUAGAAGCAUAACGCCUACACAAACAGUCAUAUCCAGGCCUAGCACACAGCCUACAAACAGUAAGCAAGUGGAAAAGUAUGUGGUUCCCCAGGGAAGUACCGGUUUUGCCCCUGCAGGUAAGCACUGUGCAUCUGACUCCAUGAAGGCCAAAUACAACCCACCGCUGCAGUAUCAUCCUCUGUGUAAAAGCGAGCAGUACACUAAACAUGAAGAGCCACCAGUGCCUCAGAGAGAGUCUCACAUGAAGGCUGGGAAUGAGAUGAGGACAUUGGCAAACUGCACAGCGAUAGCGCGAGCAAGUCCGGUACUGCAGCCCCAGCCUAGUACCGUGGGAGUUUCUCCAGCUUUACACUCCAGCAAACAGGAUGUGGGAUCAGAUGUGCAUGAGAAACAUUUGGACAUUUUAAAUAUCUUUAAAACAUACAUUCCAAAGGACCUUGCUUCAUUGUACCAAACCUGUGGUGCCAACAGCCCUGCCCUGGAUCACACAGGGAUGCUCAGGACACAAACACGCCAAGGAGACUGUGUCUGCAGAGAAUGUGGAAAAUGCUUUACCCAACCCAGUCACCUCAGGACUCAUCAGAGGUCCCACACAGUGGUAUUUGAGUCUAAUGGACUCCGAGGUACUGAAGUUCACACCACCUCUGCAGAUGCUCCAAAACAAGGGAGAGACCACGUCGGUGCGGAGAUCACCCACACGCUGCAUCUCCGAAAGGGAACCUAGAGCCUUGGCAGAGGAGCCCCGAGGCCAGCAGCCCCCAGCCCGAGGGGCAGCGCCAGCAGCCCCCCACGCAGAGCAGAGCAGCCCCCCUGCAGCCAUCGCCUCGCCCGGAGCUGCUGCGCGAGACUGAAACCAGCGCUCUGCCAGGAGGGGGGGUGCCUCUGCGCUGUUAAUCAUUUUAAAAUAAAUGAAGAUGCUACACAAGAUAUAUAUAAAUUGACGUACUAAUCAGUCCCAUGGUUCCUUAUUUCCUUUAUAAUAAACAGUGGAGUUGGCAAGCACUGUGGCAGCACGAGGCAUCUAUAUUAAUCAAGAGAAGUUUGAGACACUGGAAAAAUUAAACUUUAUGUGAUUUGGACAGCAUGAAGAAGUUAAGCACUGUAACAAAAACCUCCCUGAUGCUCACAAUGACUAUUUGAUUCAUUUGAAAAACAGCAGUGCAUUUGAGGGCUGGAGAAGUAUUAAUUAAUGAAACUGCCACUGCCUGUCAUGCUGAAAAGCAAAUUAAAAAAAAAAAAAACAACAACAGAGAGAGGAAGAAUGAGGGGUGCGGGGGGGGGGAAAGGUGGCAUUCGGUGCUUAGAAAGCAAUGUUUGAUGAAGGAUUAAAGGGACUAAAGAGAAAGACCGUCAUUCUGCAAUGGUUUGUUUCAUUACAGUUUGGGGACCACUUGCAUUUCUAGUGCUCUUGCUCUUGACUGCGCACCAUUAAUAGUAUGUGAAUAUGGAAAUUGAAACACUUCCAGAGAAAAGCUUCUAUUCUGCUUUGGAACAGAAAAGCUGGUCGAACACUAAGAAAAAAAACAGGCUUCUGUGUUUUACUCUCAGGACCUUUUUUUUUUGUAACAGGGCUACUUUCUUCAACCUGAUCACAAAGGAAGUCUUCACUUAGAGAAAAAAAAAAAAAGGAAAUAAUAAAACAUUCAGCUGUCUAAUGCCGCUGAUCUCUCUGUUUAGAAGAGAAAAGGUGUCACUGAAUGAAUUCAGGCAGCCCUGGGGCUGUAAGGUGCUCUCUGCUCUUUGGUGUGGUUCAGCAGGCCAGCUACUGCUCCUCUUUGGGCCCAGUGAUGUUCUGGAAAGACGAGGAAACUUCUUUUGUGGUGGCAGGUUAAUGUUCAUAUAAAUGUGUCAUGUCUUGUACUUGGUGAUCACUGGUGGUGUUAGGAAAAAAAAAAAGAAAAAAAAAGCUUUAUAUACCUCUUCUACAGUAACUCUUUAACUGCAAGUUUUCUAGGUGGGGUUGUGGCACAUAACAGGUUGUUAAACCAUGCAGUGUAAGCAAUUAAAAAUGUAUUCCACCGAUUUAAAUAUUUUCUUUUCUUAUUGCUGUGACACUAUGUGUGAUGGUAAUAUUUCUGAGAGUUUCAGAUUUUGCACAUAUAAUUUUAUGCAUUAUCAAAAGUUACUGCUGCCUUGAAAGAAAAUGUUCUGUGAAAAUUUUUGCAAAAGCUUUACUAGUUUGUUUUUUUUAAAUUGUAACAUUUUGUAAAGGCAGGAAAUGGAGUUAAAAACCUAGCAUGCUAAAUAUAUUUUUCAAAAAAGCAAUAAUUUUACAUGUACAGAAAUGAUGCUAACCUUUAAUACAGGUGAGACCACAGUUUACUUAAUACAGUAAUGGAAUAGUGCUGUUUUUGUAGAAAUGGGCUUCUGACAAAGAUUUGUUAAAAAAAAAAAAAGGCAGAAAAAACCUUAAAACGUGAUCUUUCUAUUCUAACAGUUUUGGUGGGCGGGGGGUUGCUUUUUUAAAAAAAUCUAGUCAGUAAUUUGGUCUGGACUACUUGUUACUUGUUUGAAAUUACUUGACAGGUUUUGUUACUUUGCAACACUUGCAACAAUGCAAAUUAACUUCCUUAUGUGUUUUUUUUUAAAUUAGAUUUUCCUUAGGCUAUUACACAAGAUGUAUACCAGAAUCCUCUGUAAGUCUCAGUGUAGUUAGGAAUGUCUGUGCAAAUACUUAAAAGUGACUGUAAUUAACUGUUCUGUGAAGUUAUUUUGAGGGAGGUUGCAUAGACACAUUCUGUUGUACACCAAAAAAAAAAAAAACAAGAAAAAAAACAAGGAAAGGAGAAGAAUGAAAAAGUGGAAAUAUUUUGCUGUGUUGCUUAAUGAUUAUCAUUUUGGGUUUGCACUAGCUUUCUCAGUUUGUCAGUUUGUUUUGGUUUCGGUUUUUGGGUGGGGCGUUUUUUUGUUUGGUUUUUUGUUCUGUUUUGUUAUUUGUUUGUUUGUUUUGUUUUGUUGCUUUUCUGAGUCAUAUUUUCCAUGAAAGAAAGUAAUGGUGACAGUUCAGGAAUGCACAAAAGCUAGUUGCCUAAUCUGUUUGUUUGUGGUUUAGUUAUUAAAAACUCUUCUACACCCAAAAUGGCACAAAAGUGUAGUGUACAUUUGUAAUUUCUCUCCCUUUUUUAAUUGUAUUUUUUUGGCAAGCUGAACUAGAAAAUCUGAGUUAAUAUUUAGAGCCAAAACCUUCUUUCUGGAACUUUUCUUCCAGAAUCCAUGACAGAGAAGCUAGUGCUGCCACUGCCAUUACCAGGGUACUAAUCAGCAAAGUUUACAAUCAUAAUUUAGCUUCAUGAAGAACAACAGUAGGGGAAAUCAGUUUAAAUAAUUAUAUGCUGUGUAUAGCAGAGAAAUGAGAUUUUCACUUAAUUAAACAAGAAACAAGAGUGGGUGGAGGAAAGCCAACCUUAAAGACCAUCUGUUUUCACAAGAGAAUCCCAUGAUUUUUGUUUUCUUCUAUAUCAUUGUAUUGUAUUGAUUUGUUAUUUUAGUUAGGCCAUAGUAUUUAAAAUGAGUUAUGUUCCAUAUUUAUUUAGUCAAUGGGCUUUCACCAGCUCUUUUAAGCAAUGUGAUAAGUUUUUUUGGCAUGACACACUCCUGUAAAGCCCUUUUAUGACUGUUAAAGGGACUUUCUACUACCUCUACCAAUCUACUGUUUCUUCUUCUUAACAGGUUUUUAUGGUGUUGCAAGUCUAAUGUAACUUAGACAAUAAAGGGUUUGAUUAUCUACA